AAACCCUUAACCUGUGUCGCCACUAUCGAUGGGGUAUUCGGAGGAGUAAUAAAAAGCUGGGCUCUCCUUCUUCCUCUAAAAACCUAAAGGCCACAGCGCCAUCGCCACCAAAAUCCCAAUUCCGCCAUGGGCAAAGUCAAGGGGAAGCAUCGUUUGGAUAAGUACUAUCGCCUCGCCAAAGAGCAUGGCUAUCGCUCUCGUGCCUCCUGGAAACUCGCCCAGCUCGAUUCCAAAUACAACUUCCUCCGCUCCGCCCAUGCCGUCCUCGAUCUCUGCGCCGCCCCCGGUGGUUGGAUGCAAGUCGCCGUCGAGCGGGUUCCUGUCGGUAGCCUCGUCGUCGGCGUCGAUUUGGUUCCCAUUGCGCCGGUUCGCGGUGCGGUCGCCAUCGAGCAGGACAUCACCAAGCCCGAGUGCAAGGCCAGGCUCAAGAAGAUUAUGAACGAGAAAGGCUGCCCAGCUUUCGAUUUGGUCUUGCACGAUGGAUCCCCAAACGUCGGUGGAGCUUGGGCGCAGGAGGCUAUGAGCCAGAAUUCCUUGGUUAUUGAUUCAGUCAAAUUAGCUACUCAAUUACUGGCUCCCAGGGGUACAUUCGUAACCAAGGUUUUCAGGUCUCAAGAUUACAGUUCUGUCCUAUACUGUCUCAAACAGUUAUUUGAAAAGGUUGAGGUGGACAAACCUGCAGCUAGUCGAUCUGCAUCUGCAGAAAUAUAUGUUUUGGGUCUUAGGUAUAAGGCUCCUGCAAAGAUUGAUCCUCGUCUUCUUGAUGUGAAGCACCUAUUUCAAGGAUCUGUAGAACCCCAGCGAAAGGUUGUGGACGUACUUAGAGGAACAAAACAAAAGAGACAUCGUGAUGGAUAUGAAGAUGGAGAUAUGACUCUUCGAAAAGUGUCUUCCGCUUCUAAUUUCAUCUGGUCAGAUUCUCCUCUUGAGAUCCUAGGAUCUGUGACCUCCAUAACUUUUGAUGAUUCUGCUUGUUUGCCAAUUAAGGAUCAUGAUUUAACAACUGAAGAGGUUAAGACACUUUGUGAUGAUUUGCGUGUCUUGGGCAAGCAAGAUUUUAAGCAUCUGCUAAAGUGGCGAUUGCACAUAAGGAAGGCCUUAUCUCCCAGUCAAAAGGCUACAUCUACUUCUGUUAAAGAUGCUGAAAAUGAGGUAAAGCAGGAUGACGAUGAUAAAAUACUAAAUGAAAUGGAGCAGCUGACCUUCAAUAUGGAGCGAAAGAAGAGAAGGGAAAAGAAGCGACUUGCAAAAAGGAUAGCUAAGGACAAAGCUAGGAAAGCAACAGGGAUGCAACGAGAUGUCAUGGACGAUAGUUAUGGUGAUCCCGACUUGUUCUCUCUUAGUUCCAUUAAGGAUAAGAAGGGUUUAAGAGGAAUUGAUUCGACCGAAUAUGAUGAUAAUGUUGAGGUGGGAGAAUAUGAAAAUCAUGUAGCCAAAGUGGAAAAUGAUGGGUCCUCAGCUAGUGACAUUGACUCUGAUGAAGAGCGCAGAAGGUAUGAUGAACGUAUGGAGUCAUUGUUGGAUCAGGCUUAUGAAAGCUUUGUUGCCAGAAAGGAAGGAAGUACAAAGCAGCGGAAACGUGCAAAAAAAGCCUAUUCUGAUGAUGCCGAGGUGCUUGAGGAGGAUGAGAAUGGAGGUGAUGGUAUUCAAUCUGAUUAUGACUCUGACGAAAAUCUGGUAGACGAGGAUAAAAAUCCACUGAUGGUAUCGCUUGAUGAUGGUGAAGCGCCAACUCAAGAGGAGAUCGCAAACAAGUGGUUCAGUCAGGAUAUCUUUGCCGAAGCAGCACAGGAGGGAGAUAUGGAGAUGUUGGAUAGCGAAGAUGAUAUGCAGGUUGAUGAACCAAAGGAAAUAACUUGUGUCUCUAAAGAGGCCAAGUCUAAUAUUUCAAAGAAUGCAAGAGAGAAGUCAAAUAUUUCAAAGAAUGCAAGAGAGACUGAUAAGGCAGACGAUGGAUUUGAGGUAGUCCCUGCCCCGGCUACAGAUUCGAGCGAUGAUUCAUCAUCAUCGGAGGAUGAAGAUCCUGAGACAAAAGCAGAGAUAUUGGCAUGUGCAAAGAAGAUGCUGAGGAAAAAGCAAAGAGAGCAGAUUCUCGAUGAUUCUUAUAACAAAUACAUGUUUGACGAUGCAGGCUUGCCCAACUGGUUUUUGGAUGAAGAGCGAAGACACCGUAUACCAAUAAAGCCUGUUACCAAAGAGGAGAUUGCUGCAAUGAGAGCACAGUUUAAAGAAAUCAAUGCCCGCCCUGCCAAGAAGGUUGCUGAAGCUAAAGCACGGAAGAAGCGAGUUGCAAUGAAGAAACUCGAGAAGGUUCGCAAGAAGGCAAACGCCAUCUCAGACCAGGCUGAUAUAAAUGAUCGAUCAAAGAGGAAGAUGAUCGACCAACUAUACAAAAAAGCAGUACCCCAGAGGCCCAAAAAGGAAUUCGUGGUAGCAAAGAAAGGAGUUCAAGUCAAGGUUGGCAAGGGUAAAGUCCGGGUCGAUCGACGUAUGAAGAAGGAUGCAAGGAAGCACGGAAUGAGCAAGCAGGGUAAAGGUUCAAAAAAGGGAAAGAACUUGAAGGCUCAGAGAGGUAAGGGUGGAUCCGCGAAGGCUUCUUCGGCUAAGAAAGGAAGGAAAUGAAACAAAUAAAGAUGGUGAUACAGAGAGAUGAAGGAUUCUUCCAAUUUGUACUCAUCUCUGGUGUUCAAUUUUGCAGUUGAUUCAUUUGAUAUUUUAUUGUUUAUCAAUCAAAAGCUGUUGUGGAGUCUCUGCCCAAGUUCGGUAUAGUCUCAAGUUUGAAGGUUUUUUUCCCUUUAA